CGGACAGCAGUUUUUUGCUCGCCAAUGCUCAGAUCGUCGAUUUUCCAAUCGUCUACUGCAACGAGACGUUUUGCAAGAUGUCUGGCUUCAAUAGAGCAGAGGUGAUGCAGAAAUCGUGCCGGUGCAGCUUCAUGUACGGCGACCUCACCGACAAGGAGACCAUCACGCGGCUGGAGCAGAGCCUGGAGCAGCAGACUCUCGAUCAGAUCGAGAUACUCAUCUACAAGAAAAACAGGACGCCGCUAUGGCUGCUGCUGCACCUGGCCCCGAUCCGAAACGAGAAGGAGGUGGUUGUGUUGUUCCUCCUCACCCUGCGAGACAUCACGGCGCUCAAACAGCCCAUCGAGGUGGACGACACCCGGGCAGGUCUGUCCAAGUUUGCCAAGCUGGCCCGCUCGGUGACCCGGUCUCGGACCGUGCUGGCCUCCCAGUUCGCCUCCAACAUGACCGGCAUCAAGGAGAACGGCAAACAGUCCAACAUCGGACACAUGAUGUCUCUAAACUCGGACGUGCUGCCGCAGUACCGUCAGGAAGCGCCCAAGACGCCGCCCCACAUCCUGCUUCACUACUGUGCCUUCAAAGCCAUCUGGGACUGGGCCAUUCUGUGUCUCACUUUUUACACCGCCAUCAUGGUACCAUUCAACGUCGCCUUCAAGAACAAGACGUCGGAGGACGUCAGCCUGCUCGUGGUGGACUCCAUCGUCGACGUCAUCUUCUUCAUUGACAUAGUGCUCAACUUUCACACGACAUUUGUGGGGCCUGGCGGGGAGGUGGUGAGCGACCCGAAGAUCAUCCGAAUGAACUACCUCAAGUCGUGGUUCAUUAUCGACUUGCUCUCCUGUCUGCCGUACGACGUCUUCAACGCAUUCGAUCAUGAUGAGGACGGUAUCGGCAGCCUGUUCAGCGCGCUGAAGGUGGUCCGUCUGCUGCGGCUGGGCCGCGUGGUCCGCAAGCUGGACCGCUACCUCGAGUACGGCGCCGCCAUGCUCAUCCUGCUGCUGUGCUUUUACAUGCUGGUGGCCCACUGGCUGGCCUGCAUCUGGUACAGCAUCGGCCUCUCGGACGCCGAUAAUGGAGUCACCUACAGCUGGCUGUGGAAGCUGGCUAACGUCACCCAGUCACCCUACGAGUACGUGUGGUCCAACGAGACGAUGGCACCGGUGCUGGUUCGUGGCCCCUCCAGGAAGACCAUGUACGUGUCCUCUCUCUACUUCACCAUGACGUGCAUGACCAGCGUCGGCUUCGGCAACGUGGCCGCCGAGACAGACAACGAGAAGAUCUUCACCAUCUGCAUGAUGAUCAUUGCAGCGCUUCUGUACGCCACCAUCUUCGGUCACGUGACGACCAUCAUCCAGCAGAUGACCUCGGCCACGGCCAAGUACCACGACAUGCUCAACAACGUGCGCGAGUUCAUGAAGCUGCACGAGGUGCCCAAGGCGCUCUCGGAACGCGUCAUGGAUUACGUCGUCAGCACGUGGGCCAUGACCAAGGGCAUUGACACCAACAAGGUAGAGGGCGAGGUUCUCAACUACUGUCCGAAGGACAUGCGGGCGGACAUAUGCGUCCACCUGAACCGAAAGGUGUUCAACGAGCACCCGGCGUUCCGCCUGGCCUCUGACGGCUGCCUGAGGGCGCUGGCCGUGCACUUCAACAUGUCGCACAGCGCUCCGGGCGACAUGCUCUUCCACACGGGCGAGAGCAUCGACACGCUGUGCUACAUCGUCUCCGGGUCGCUGGAAGUCAUCCAGGAUGACGAGGUGGUGGCCAUCUUGGGUCAGGGUGACGUGUUCGGAGACACGUUUUGGAAGGAUCCGACCGUUGGCCAGGCGGCGGCCAACGUACGAGCGCUCACCUACUGCGACCUACACACCAUCAAACGCGACAAGCUGCUCGAGGUGCUCGACUUUUACCACGCGUUCGCUAACUCGUUCGCACGCAACCUGGUGCUCACCUACAACCUCCGGCAUCGGCUGAUAUUCCGCAAGGUAUCGGACGUGAAACGGGAAAAGGAGCUGGCGGAACGGAGAAAGAACGAGCCAGCGACUGAGCUCAGUCAGGACCACCUUGUUCGGAAGCUGUUCUCGAGGUUCAAAAAGUCCAGCGACAACCAGAUCGCCAAUAGAGAUGUGGAGAGUGGUCAGCGAGCUGAGUAGAGGGCGGUGGCGGCGGCGGCGGCGCGGGCGCGGCACCCGUCUCCACCGGCGGCGGCAGUCUCACCACCGUCAAACUGCCCGGCGUCUCAGAGCAGCAGGAGGUCAGCAAACGCGCGCGCAGUCGCUGGGGAGCCCUCGGCGGCAGCGCGGACGGCGACGAGCGGCGCGAUAAACCCAAGAUCAAGUGGGGCCUGAAGCUAGCCUCCUCUGUGGAGGAGAGGGUGCCACCUCAGCCAGCGCGUGCCGACUCUGAGAAGAAGCAGAGUCCGGGUGCCGCCGAGCCGACUGCCGCGGCUGCCACUACUAGUGUGAGCGCGAGCGAGCUGCGGCAGCUGGCCACCAGUCUGGGCGAGUUUCGAGCGGACCUCACUCGCGAGCUGCAGAAGCUCAGCCAGAGGAUUGGUAAACUGGAGACAGCUAUGGUGGAUGUGUCGCGCCGCGUGCAGGCCAACUCGUCGAGCGAGGGCGCCGCCACAGACGUGUCGAGCGCCGCCGGACUUGUGGUAUCCAGUGAGACGGCGCCGAGCUCGCGUGAUGCGACUCCGGAGCCGGGAGACGGUGGCGCUGCUAAGCGGACUGACAGUGGCGCUUCCAAGCGGUCUGACGGUGAUUCGAAGCGCAGUGAGGGCAGCGCGGCCGAACGACGGCGGCAGCGCGCGCGGCGGCGCUCGGCCACUGCUCAGACGAGCGUGAACGAUGACUCGCUGCUGCAGCGAAUGCUGGAAGACGAGAUCGUCUCUCAGACGGGCGCGUUCGUCGAGGGACGGGCCAGCUCGCCCGAGGAGUACCUGUAGUGUCCGCCAGAGGCGGUGUGGUAGCCGUGGAUCAGCGAGCACCGACUUCAUUAAUUCGCCAUUUAUCUUUCGGUGGGAUUAGACUUGGCGCCGGCCCCGGGGCUAUUGUUCAGAUCUGAGAUUUUAUCGACAGUUGGGAGAGUUUGAUCUUGGCUACCUGUGACCUGCUUGCCCGUCUCAAUCAGGAGGCAGGGCAGACGGUCGAACUCAGCGAUAUCUGAUGAUCUGUUGAGGCUGCUUGUUUGUAUGAGACAGACGGAACGAGCUUUGAGCAGUGUUUAGGUGGAAUGUGCUCUGUGUAGGCUGGUGUUUAUCCAAUAUGGUGACGGUGUUUAGGCCAAUCAAGUUUGCGUCGUCGUUAUAUAUCGUUUACGGACUGUACCUAGCUGCUUAGGACGAUAGUUACACUAUGACUGUUUUUUGUUAUUGCAUUUUGAGAGUUGUUAUGAAACGUGCAAUUAUGUUGAACCCUACAGCUAUCCGAUGAAAAGGCUGUCAUCGGUGGCAGGCAUAUCAUGUCAUUUGCUGAGUAUUUUUCUGAUAAAUGCUCCUUUUCAUUUGUCUUUUCAUUGAACCAAUUAUUAUGCCAAUCUAUUUGACAUAAGACGUGCGAAGACGCGAGGGCUGGAAGUGAAUACGGAUCGGUAUUUUGUGAGAUGUCAGCAAUACAGUGGCGUUGGGCCUCAAUGCGGAAUACCUACUUGUGUAAUACCCACUUGUGUAAUAAACAUGUGCUGCUCAAUAUC